AUGAACUCAGAAGAUCAGAGGCACUGGGAAGACCAAAUAUCAGGAUCUGGAGACCUCAUGGAGGAGACAAAAGCAGCUCUUUUGGCUACUCAAUGGGGGCUGAGGAAGAUCAAAGAGAUUAAACCAGAAGCUGCAGGGUUGAAGAUGAGGAGAUGGGCACGACGAAGCUCCAUCAGAGGAGAAACUCGGGCGAUGAUCGGGAAUAUUGACGCCCACGGAGAUGCCGAGGAGUUCAGCGCUCUAUACGCGGCGCUGAUGGCAGACGGCAGAGGCGACGAUGGGGACGACCGUGAAGAGAACGUUCGGGAGGCAUUUAAGAUUUUUGAUCGGGACGAGACGGGUUCAUCACGGCGGAUGAGCUGA